UCGGGCCUUGUACCAUAUAUUAAUCACGUCCUGAAAAGCGUUUCUUUUUCUGCUUUAAGCAAAAAGGAAGUUGAAGUCCAAGCUCUCAAGUGCUACGCCAGUCCUUUAGCCUGAAUCAUGUCUAAGCCAAGAGUAUUCUUUGACAUCCAAGCGGGCGGCAAUGCCGUUGGUAGGAUUGUCAUGGAGCUUAGGGCUGACGUUGUCCCCAGAACUGCAGAGAACUUCCGUGCCCUGUGCACUGGAGAGAAGGGCUUUGGCUACAAGGGUUCCAGCUUCCACCGUGUCAUUCCCGGAUUCAUGUGUCAGGGUGGCGACUUCACCAACCACAACGGAACUGGCGGCAAGUCGAUCUAUGGUGAGAAGUUCGCUGACGAGAACUUCACCCUGAAGCACACUGGGUCGGGCAUUCUGUCUAUGGCCAAUGCUGGUCCAAACACUAAUGGGUCGCAGUUCUUCAUCUGCACAGAGAAGACCACUUGGUGAGCCACUGACUUCUCACUUG